CGCGUGACGUGACGCCGUCGUCGCCGUCGCCGCGCAGCCACAACGCACGUCCCACACGGAUCGCGCUCCGACCCACAUGCCACGCGAAACCUAUUCGCGCUAAAUACUUUCGAACACCGUGUUGUGUAAAGAACAUUACCCAUGAUGGUCCGCAGGAACGGUCGCUAUACUGUCAGCCUCCGCGGCUUCCGGGACUUUGCCUUCGGGAAUAAGCCGCCCGAUGACGAAAAACAAGAAGAAAAGCCUGAAGAAGAUUUAUCUAAUCAUGAAGACAUUUUUCUAAAAAGUAUAAUUGAAAGUCCUGACUUUGGAAGAAAAUAUUCCGUAGAUUCUGAAGAGGACUUAGUUAUAAAACCCGUCUCCUUGGAUAACGUAAACAUAAUACGUUCGUUGAGUGAGUAUCGAGGCAAUAACAUACGAACUAUUGAGCAAGCAGAACUCGCUAUAUUGUUAUCCCGAGUGCACUUUAAGGCGCUUAUUGAUGCUCAUGAUCAAAUUGGAGCAAUUUGGCUGGAGAGAGGCUCAGGUAUAGAUGAGAAAGCAAUUGAAAAAGACAAAAGCAGUGAAACCACGGAUAACACUGAUAAAGGACUUGAUCUCGAUUUGAACGGAGACAUGCCUGUGGAAACUAUUAAAGUUGUAGGACUUAGAAAAGUGCCUGGUCAGCCUUUAGGACUAACUGUCACCACUGAUGAACAUGGGCAGCUUAUAGUAGCCAGGAUAUUAGCUGGCAGUGCUGCGGCUAAACAAGCACUACUUUCUGUAGGAGAUGUGCUGUUGGAAGUUGAUGGUGUACAUAUUGACUCUGAGGAUCAGCUAAAAGAAGCAGUAUCUAAGCCCAACGAUAGAGUUACCUUAAAAGUGGGACCCAAUCUGAAGGAGAAGAGUGGACAGUUGUCAAAUAAACUUAGUUGUUAUAUGAGAGCUCUCUUUGAUUAUGAUCCAAAAGAAGACACAUUACUACCCUGUAAGGAAAUUGGAUUGCCGUUCAACAAGGGAGAUAUUUUACAGGUUUCAGAUAGAAAAGACCCAAAUUGGUGGCAAGCAAGUCAUGUUGAGAACACAGAUGUUGUGGGUCUCAUUCCUUCACCUGAGUUAGAAGAGAGACGGAAAGCUUAUGUGCCGCCUGAAGCAGACUUUGUCCACAAAAUAAGCAUCUGUGGUGCGCGGAUAUCAAAGAAAAAAAAGAAAUUUGUGUACGAGUCCCGGUCGAGCGUGCAGCUGGAGGGUGCAGAGCUGGCUCUGUACGAGGAGGUGGCGCGUACGCCGCCAUUCCUGCGGCGCGUGUUGGCACUCGUCGGCACUAAGGGGGUCGGACGUCGCACGCUCAAGAACCGCAUGAUACAGGAACAUCCAGACAGAUUCGGAGCUGUCGUGCCACAUACAUCUCGUCCACCGCGGCCUCUAGAAGAGAACGGUCUCUCGUACUGGUUCGUGUCUCGCGAGGAGAUGGAGAGAGACGCUCACGCCGGCCGCUUCUUGGAGUAUGGAGAGCAUAACGGACAUCUUUAUGGAACACAUCUUGAUUCUAUAAGAGCUGUCAUUAAAGAGGGUAAGAUGUGCGUGUUGGACUGCGCGCCGCAGUCUCUGAAGCUGCUGCACAACAGCAGCGAGUUCCUGCCGUAUGUGGUGCUGGUGGGAGCGCCCGGCAUUGACCAGCUGCGCAACCUCACAUACGCCUCCAACAGGAACCUCACGUUCGACAGACAGAGUUCGAUCCGCUACAGCUCGCGGCGCGCGCGCACUCUCGAGUCCCUCGCAUCAUUGUACGAGGAGGAAGAUAUGAAGCAAACGUUAGAGGAGAGUGCUCGUAUCCAGCGAACUUACGAGAAGUACAUCGAUCUUGUGAUAAUCAACAACAAUAAUGAUACUACUUAUUCCAAAAUCAUGGACGCCCUCCACUCGCUGUCCACAGACCACCAGUGGGUGCCCGUCAGCUGGAUUUAUUAGAAUUUAUAAUUUAUUUUAAGCAACCAUGGUCUUCCCAGCUAAAUUUGCACAUGGACGUAAUAGCAGCCUUAUAGCUUACCAAAUUUAUAUAAAUUACAUUUAGUCAAAACGUUAUAUAAGUAUUUCAAUACUUUAUUCGUACAAAAACAGAAACAAA